AUGUGGAUCCUUGAGUCUGAAGGGGAUUUCCUUGAGGGGAAGCGCGUCUGGCUGCGCCCGGGGAAGAAGUAUCUGUUCGGUCGGGCUAGAGAAGAUGGAGUGAGACAUGCCAUUGCGAAUAAGACUAUCUCGCGGAAGCAUCUCUUGAUCGAAGUCUCCCCUGUCAAGCCGGGCGAUGGGGCACAUCUCCACACCAAGUCAGAAAUAAUUGUUACCGAUCUGGGAUCGAAGUUGGGUACCAAGGUUAAUGGUGAAAAGAUAAGUGGGAAUACGAAGUUGGAGGGCCAGCACCACGAGCUGCAACUGGGGCGCUAUGAGCAUAUGCUGCGGAUCAAAUGGUGUCCCACGGUGCUGAGCUUUUCCUUCUCGAGCAAAGAGCUCAAAGCCAGAGACCCUCUCGCACGAGUGCGCUCACGACUCGAAGACCUCGAUAUCAAGACGAUCAUACCCUACGUAGUCGACAAGACGACGCACGUGGUCCAGAGCAAACGGAAUACAGCGAAGGGCUUGCAAGCAUUGGUGAAUGCCAAGCACAUUGUUCAGGAUACCUACGUGGACGCCCUGGUUUAUGCGGCGACUCCAAGUGACCUGGACAGCCCCGAGUCCCUGUGCCCUCUCGAGGCUGACUUCGACUCGGCAUGGCCGGACCCAGCCGAGCAUCUUCCUCCUCCGGGAAAGGAAACGACUCAACGGCCCAAAGAGGCCUUUGCGCCCAACCCCGCCCGCUUGAGCAUCUUCGAGGGGAUCACCUUCGUUUUCGGCGAUGCCACACAGAUGGAGAAUUUAGAAGAUGCCCUGACCAACGGCCAGGGGAAGGUCUUACUAUAUCAGAUCGAGGACGGAGUGACUACAGCUGAGGAAUUUGCGCAGUUCAUGAGGAACGCUGCGGGGAAUAAAGGGUUGGGAAGUCAGCGAGAUAGCCCUGGCGGUGUGGUGCAUGUUCGGUACCGUGCCAAGGGUCGCCAUGAGGAGUGGUCCCUGGAGCUCAGUAAACAGAUUGCACUCCUGACCGAGCAGCGGGUGAUUGAGCAGAGUGAAUUUCUGGACGCCAUUCUGGGCAACAAUGCGGCUCCACUCUGUCAGCCUCUACUUGAGGAGGUCGAUGCUAGCGACGAGGCAAACGCAGAGCCUUCUCCGCAGCCUCCACCCGGCACCGGGUCCAGCGAGACAGUUUUUGCCGCGGACUCACAGCCGUCAGAGGAAGCAAGUCAGCCGCCCGCACGAAAGUCCCGGCCUCGUGUGCGGGGGUAUGUAAGUAAGAUGAAGACAUUUGAUGAUGGCUUCGACAUCAACUCCAUUCCAGUUCAUGCGCCAGAGGAAAGCCCAGCAAUAUCCCCUCCUCCGAUGGAAAUCGAACCUGCGUCUGUCCAGGAGUCGCAGCAACAGAACAGCCUGAACGACGAGGAAGAUAUUGUCUCUAGUCUACUGCCAGGUGCGGCGGCGAUGAAACGUCGACGUGCUGAGACCAUUCGACAAUCUGUAGACGAUGAAGCGUCCCAGCCCAAGGAGGAAUCCCCUCGCAAACCUAAGCGUCAGAAACUAGAUGUGCUCGAGGCCGCCCGACAGCAUCGGGAAGCCGAAGAGGAUGCCCAGCGUCAGCGCCGAGUUGCGGAAGAGGCAUCUCUCCAGGACUCCUUGCAAGAGGUGGAUAUUGAGAAGCUCAAAGGACUCGCUAUUGUGGAGGAGAUGGAGAUCAAGCCGCGCAAUGUCGAUGCAGAGGAUAGCCGCUGGAACGAUCGGUGGAACGGGCGCAAAAACUUCAAAAAGUUCCGACGGAAGGGCGAUCCUAGCCAGCCGCGCUACCGCAUCCAGACCGUCAUAGUUCCUUUGGAAGAGGUCACCCGCAAAGAAUUUGGGGUAGGCGAACAUUACUGGGUGAGCAACAGUCAUCGAUCGACCGAGGCCGUUGUGGCAGAGAGCCCUCCAGAGCCAACGAUGACCCCGAGCGGUACGGUGGCGUCUCGCUCGCAGUCCCUAGCGCGCACAGACUCGGAGGUGGCUGCGCCUCGUACGCAGAAACGAACGCGAGAAGAGCGUGAGGAAUCCGACAGCGACGACGAACUUCGAUUUCGAUUUCGCCGCCGGAGAUGA